UUCUGUUCUCUGAUCGCUUUCGUGACGCUCUUUUUUUCUCAUACGCUCUUUUCAGCUAGUGAGCACUAGUGAACAUAGCACGUGUGCAGAUAUGGGUUUUCAGAAUAUCUGGUAUUCGCAUCCGCGAAAAUACGGUCAAGGAUCCAGAUCCUGCCGUGCCUGUGCGAAUAAACACGGGCUUAUUCGUAAGUACGGUCUGAACAUUUGCCGACAGUGCUUCAGAGAAUAUGCGGCAGAUAUAGGUUUUAAGAAGUUGGACUAACACAGCCAAUGUAAUCAAUUUACUUGAUAUGGUGGGCAUCUUUUAUCCUUGAACCUACUGCGAGAAUGGAGCGCAAGGAGGAACGAUGUAAAAUAUUAAAUAUAUAAUUGUAAGAUCUUGCACUUGUCGUGCAAUCUAAAAUACAUGUUUGUCAUUCUGUAUCUGUA